AUGUCAGCCUUUGUUUUUAAGGGUAAGAAAAUGCCCACCCACCCCCCACCCCACCCCAUCCUAAAGACCGACACCAAAGAGGUGUUGUGUACCAUUUCUGCGACUGUGGACAGGACUGAUGCAUACCUUCGGGGUCAGCGCAAGUCCACCGAAGACGUUGACUGGUCUUAUACAGGGACUUUAAACCAGCAGCACUGGGCCAAAAAGUAUCCUGCCUGCAACAAUGCCAGGCAGUCGCCCAUUGACAUAGAUGAGGACUUCACUCAGGUCGACGUCCACUUUCAGAAUCUGCUGCUGGAGGGCUGGGACCAGCUCACCCCAGAGUCCACCACCAUCAAGAACGAUGGGAAAACAGUGGUUAUAAGCUUGAGCGGGGAGUACUAUGUGAGUGGAGGAGGGCUGAGCUCCAGGUUUAAGGUGGCCAAGAUCAUUUUUCAUUGGGGUCGCUGCAACGCAUCCUCAGACGGCUCUGAGCACAGCCUGAAUGGCAACAAGUUCCCUCUGGAGAUGCAGAUCUACUGCUAUAAUGAUGAGGGGUUUAAGUCCAUAGAUGAUGCUGUUGGUGCUGGAGGGAGGAUUGCAGCGCUGGCUGUUCUUUUUGAGGUCAGUUUUGAGGACAAUGAGAACUAUGCUGCAAUUUUGGGUGCUAUCAACAGAGUGAGCCGUUUUGGCAAAAGCAGCACUGUCGAGUCGUUCUCCUUGCGGGGCCUCUUGCCAGAUUUUUCAGACAAGUACUACAUCUACAACGGCUCUCUGACCACGCCUCCGUGUACUGAGAUUGUGGAGUGGAUUGUGUUUAAAAACACUGUGUCCAUCUCAGACUCACAGCUGGAGAUGUUCUGUGAGGUGAUGACCAUGCAGCAGGCUGGCUAUGUCAUGCUGAUGGACUAUCUGCAGAAUAACUUCAGAGAGCAGCAGGACCAGUUCACAGGCCAAGUCUAUUCCUCCUACACUGGCACAGAGGAAGUGCUUGCUCCCAUGUGCAGUUCAGAGCCAGAGAAUGUCCAGGCAGACCCACAGAAUUACACCAGUAUAGUGGUGACAUGGGAAAGGCCGCGGGCAGUCUAUGACACCAGCAUUGAGAGGUACUCCGUCACCUAUCAGAGACUGCAGGGCAAGGACUCACCCAAACGACAGUAUCUCACAGAUGGAGAUCAGGAUGUGGGGGCUAUAAUCCAGAACCUGCUGGCUAACAGCAGCUAUGUGGUCCAGGUGGUGGCGCUGUGCACCAAUGGACUUAUUGGGCGGAUGAGUGACCAGGUCAUUGUGGACAUGCCUCUGGAAGACCCUGAAAAUGAUCCUGAUCCAUCUCCAGAUUUAGCACAAUCUGUGGACUAUGAAGAGGUAACUUCACCCAAGACUAGAAGAGUUGAAAAACUAAACACUCCCUCUGGCCGUACCUUCACCCGACAUUCCUCCUCCUCCAAGAGCUCCAUAUCUGUCACCAUGGUGACUGAUCAACCUGGCUUCCUCUUCCCCGGUAUCAGAACCACAACACUACCGAUCCGGCGAAGGAUUACUGAGGAAUCUGCGUUGUCAUGGUCACCUGAUCAAAACAAAGCUGAAACAUACACAAAACAGUCUAUCAGCAGACUUGUGCCAAAGGAGGGGGAAAUUACCCCUCGCAAUGACAUGGUUGUCACAGACAUCUAUUACGAAGACUUCCUCAACCUUAGUAGUGUAACAACCACUGUAUCCAUGAAUGAGGAACUUCAGAAUCUUAUCACCUUGCCAGAUGAACCUGAUCAGGUGUCCUCAGGUGACCAGGAGCUGACCACAGCGGAUAAUGACAACCGUGAUUCCAAGAGGGCAGAAACAACCCCUCUCUCCAAAUCCUUAGGUUAUUUAACCUCUGCCCCUCCUAUGCAAUGGGCACCAGGUACAACCACCAAAUCUAGCACCACCUCAACUACCAUAACCACUACUUCCACAACAUCUACCUCCAGCAAAAUCCGACUUCACACCACGCAGCCUCUGUUAAAUGAUUCCUCCUCCCUGCAUUCAGCCCUGACCCCAGAGGAGGGGUCCACUCCCUCAUUCACACUGGAUGGCCAGGGAGAGUCCAGUGGGUCAGGUUCUCCUAUGUUUCUGGAGGAAUUAGAGCGGGAAUUUGAGAAGGAACAAACUGGGUUGGUCACAGAAUCCACUCACACAGACAUGGCAGUGGUCUCACUUAUAGAAGCUGGACUGAAAGAAAAGGCAGAGGAUGAAAGGAACGCUGACAGUGAGGGGCUCUCCUCCACGUUUUACUUUGAGAGUGAGCCAGAGGCGGAUGGCUUUACCACAAAGAGCCUAGACUUCUCAUCCAGGAAGACUGAUAUGUCUGAGAGAGACGGAGGCUCUGGAGAAAGUGUCUCAAAAACCCCUUUCAACCCCAGUAUAUCUGUAGAACUGCGUGUUCCAGACCUGACUAAUAGAAAGUCUGUGGGGCAGUAUGUGUCGUACACAGAGGCGAGUAACAGCAGUCCUGAGUCUCGUGUGGGCAUGGUGGGAGGAGUGGAGAAAGAGAUGAGGACUGUGGUGCCCCUGGCUGUGGUUUCCACUCUCACUAUCCUGUGUUUACUGGUACUUGUGGGCAUCCUCAUCUAUUGGAGAAGAUGUUUUCAGUCAGCACAUUUCUAUGUAGAAGACAACAUAUCUCCUAAAAUCAUCUCUACUCCAUCAACACCUCUGCUCUUAAACACAGAUGAUCAUGAGGCCCUUCCAGUGAAGGAGUUUGUGAAACAUGUGGCAGACCUACACGCCAACAACACGUUUUCUAAGGAGUUUGAGAUCUUGAAAGAGUCUUAUGAGGAGAUCCAGGGAUUCACAGCAGAUAUGGGUAUCACCACUGAAAGCUCCAACCACCCAGACAACAAGAGCAAAAACAGAUACAUCAACAUUCUGGCCUAUGAUCACAGUCGAGUGAAACUCUCACACAGUCUGGACAGAGAUGGGAAGUCUGCAGAUUACAUAAAUGCAAACUAUGUGGAUGGUUAUAAGAGGUCAAAAGCCUACAUAGCUGCUCAGGGACCUCUGAAGAGCAGUCUGGAGGAUUUCUGGAGGAUGGUGUGGGAACAGAAUGUAGGCGUGAUCGUUAUGAUCACCAAUUUGGUGGAGAAAGGACGAAGGAAAUGUGACCAGUACUGGCCCCUGGAGAACCAGGAGGAAUAUGGGAAUUUCCUGGUCACUCUGAAGAGCACCAAGACUCUGGCCUAUUUCACCCUGAGGACCUUCACUCUGAGGAACACCAGCAUCAAGAAGGGUUCUCUGAAGGGGCGCAGUCAGGAGCGAACUGUGGUUCAGUACCAUUACACCCAGUGGCCUGACAUGGGUGUUCCAGAGUAUACCCUCCCUGUGCUCUCCUUUGUACGCAAAUCCUCUCAGGCCAGGUCUCCAGACAUGGGGCCAGUGGUGGUGCACUGCAGUGCUGGAGUGGGAAGAACGGGCACCUACAUAGUAUUGGACAGUAUGUUACAGCAAGUCAAGGAGGAAGGCACUGUGAACAUAAUGGGCUUUCUCAAACACAUACGCACACAGAGGAACUUUUUGGUGCAGACAGAGGAGCAGUAUGUCUUCAUUCAUGAUGCCUUGGUGGAGGCUAUCUUGAGCAGUGAGACAGAAGUGCCAUCCAAUCAGAUUCAUGCAUAUGUCUCUGACCUCCUCACCCCAGGCAUCUCUGGUAGCACCCAACUAGAGGGGCAGUUUAAGCUGAUAAGCCAGAGCUGUGCCAAGCAGAGUGACUGCUCAGUAGCGCUGAAAGAGGCCAACGCUGAAAAGAACAGGAGUUCCUCCCUCCUGCCUGUGGAAAGGUCCAGAGUAAGUCUGUCUACAGUUACCGGAGACUCCUCAGACUACAUCAGUGCCUCUUACAUUAUGGGUUACCAUAGGAGCACUGAGUUCAUCAUCACACAGAAUCCUCUCUCCAACACCAUACAGGACUUCUGGAGAAUGAUCUGGGACCAUAAUGCUCAAAUCAUCAUCUCUCUGCCUGACACACAGACUGAAGAAGCAGAAUGUAUCUACUGGCCAAGCAAAGAACAGCCAAUCAGCUGUGAAACAUUCACAGUGACCUUUACAGGUGAAGAUAAGGUGUACCUGUCCAAUGAGGAGUGUUUGGUGGUGCAUGACUUCAUCCUGGAGGCCUUGAAAGAUGACUAUGUUCUUGAGGUGCGUCAGUAUUCUGCUCCAUGUUGGCCCAACCCUGACAGCCCCAUCAGCAACACAUUUGAGCUCAUCAACAUCAUCAGAGAUGACACCAGCCAUCGAGAGGGACCCAUCGUCAUCCAUGACAAGAGAGGUGGCUGUACAGCAGGAACCCUUUGUGCCCUGACCACGCUGGUUAACCAGCUGGAGGAGGAGAACCGCGUGGAUGUCUAUCAGACAGCCAGAAUGACAAACCUCAUGAGACCAGGAGUCUUCAGUGACAUUGAGCAGUACCAGUUCCUUUACAAAGCCAUCCUGAGCUUGGUUGGCACCAAGGAGGAUGAGAAGACUCUUCAUUCCCCAGAGAGCAAUGGGACUGUUCCAGGAGGCUCCACUAAUGCUGCUGAAAGCCUGCAGUCUCUCAUGUAA